CGAGGAGGAGCUUGUGAUCACACCUUCACCCUACAACCUGUGCGAGUGGGUGUGCCCCGAUACUGUUUGAUGGUACACAUAACGCCACAGUCGACUGAUUCACAGUGAGGAUAGCCAUGGGGAAGGCAGGUGGAAGAGACGACUUUGAAUGGGUCUACAAUGACCAGCCGCACACUUCAAGAAGAAAAGAAAUCCUGGCCAAAUAUCCACAAAUCAAGUCUCUGAUGGGUCCGGACCCCCAACUGAAGUGGGUAGUAUCCGGCAUGGUCCUAACCCAGCUCCUGGCCUGUUAUCUAGUUCGCGACCUCUCAUGGAAGUGGAUCUUCUUCUGGGCUUAUGCUUUCGGAGGUUGCAUCAACCACUCCCUGACUCUGGCUAUCCAUGACAUCUCUCACAACGUGGCCUUUGGUAACAAGCUGGCAAAGUGGAACCGCUGGUUUGCCAUGUGGGCCAACCUGCCCAUUGGGUUGCCUUACUCUGCCUCCUUUAAGAAGUACCACAUCGACCACCAUCGGUAUUUGGGUGGCGACCAGCUGGAUGUUGACAUCCCUACAGACAUUGAGGGAUGGUUUUUCUGCACCCCAACAAGGAAGGUCCUCUGGCUCUUCCUGCAGCCCUUCUUCUACGCCCUUCGACCACUGGUGGUCAAUCCUAAACCAGUGGGUCAGCUGGAGAUCCAGAACGCAGUUGUUCAGCUCACAGUAGACUUAAUUAUCUACUAUUUAUGGGGGUUGAAGCCCAUUGUUUACCUAAUUGCGGGUUCUAUCCUGUGUAUGGGACUGCAUCCUAUCUCUGGACAUUUCAUAGCUGAGCAUUACAUGUUCCUGAAGGGACACGAGACAUAUUCUUACUAUGGGGCACUGAACCUUGUUACCUUCAACGUCGGAUAUCACAUGGAGCACCAUGACUUCCCAAGCAUACCCGGCAGUAAAUUACCUCAGGUCAAGCAAAUCGCAGCAGAGUAUUACGACUCCCUGCCUCAACACACUUCCUGGACCCGAGUAUUAUGGGAUUUUGUGUUCGAUGACAGCAUUGGCCCCUAUGCCCGAAUAAAACGGAAGUACAAGCUAAGCAAGCAGGAAUAGAUCUGUGACUGAUGUUUUCCUUUAAAGAAAAAAUACGAAUUUCAGUUAUUAAAAAAAUGUAUGGAUCACUAUGACUUAUUGUCCUGUUCUGUAGUUUAAAUGUUUUUUUUGCCAUGUAGUGUUUGUCACUAUAAGUAAAACUUUUAACGUUUUGGACAUUCUCGUCCAUAAUCGGUCAGGAAAUGGCAAUAGAAUUCAGAUAAAGCUAGAUGGCCUAUCUUUGUGACCCAAUGAAUAAUAUUUUUUGUAUUUCAAAGGGAUAAAUGAUGGUGAAUAAUAAUUCCUCAUUUGCAGCUGAAGACAGCAAAAAGUAAUAAGAAAAGUCCUUAUUAUUAUAGGAUAAUGGUCACAUACAUUCUCACAACUUUUUACAGCAAUGUUACUGAUCUGUGGUAUCAUUUUCCUCUUGUAACCAUCUUGUCAGACUUCUUAAGAAUUUCUGAAUGCGAGACUCAAGCCUCACAAUGCUUCUCAGAUACAUGAUACUUACAGAAAAAGGCUGAAGUGGAAAAUGUGCAUUUAUCUAAGGUCAAUGAUUUAAACUUACCUUUCAGCAAGAAGAGCCUUUUCUUCAUGACACCCCAUUCUGCUGAUUCACAGCUCCAUGGUGCUGUAAGCUGUUUGAUUACAUCUACAGGGAGUGGGAAAACGAACAGAAACACCUUAUAAUGCAAACAAGUCAUUCUUCAGAAAUUUCCAGUGGGAGCAUCAUAAUGUUUAGUGCUUUUUCAGGAAUGCUGAAUUAACUCCACCGGCCAUUUAAUUUUGUUCAACAAAUAUCUCAUUAAAUCUCUCUCACUCAGUGUUAGAGAGAGUCUUCUUAAGACCACUGUUCCUACCUCCUUAGGCAGCUUUCCAAUAUUUGGUCCCUGUCUUUAUGAGUUCAGAGUAGGGAUUGACCAAAAAUUUUCUUUAAGGGCCAAUACUGAUUAUUAGCAAGGAAGCAAUGAUCAAUAUUUGUAAGUAGUAGUAGUGUCAAACUUUAAUAAGUGCACUUAAAGUACUGCUCUGCACAAUUUUGUGGUACUUAUAUUUGAGUAUUUACAUUUUUUGCUGCAUUAUACUUCCAUUGUACUUCAUUUGGAGGCAAAUAAUGUACUUUUUACUAUAGUUGGUAUCAAUUGGAUUUAUUUGAUUAAUUGUUAAGUUGCAGAUUCAGACUGUUCAGCACUGAUUAAGCUACUGUUUUCGACGUGUGGUGGGCAGGAUAAUGAGUGAGACUGACGGCUGCAUCACAGCCAAAGUAGCACAGACUCUCAUGAUUGGAAAAAAUACUGAAUGUGUGCCAGAUUCAAAAGCACAAAGACGAGGCAUUGUCGGUUUUCAUGUUGUGAAUAUUUAAAGCGACACAAGAAAACUUAGAAAUUGGCCUAAUAAACACUUCAAAAUUAUGUGUAAUGAGAUGAGGAGGAAAAACCACGAAAAUUACUUUGAAAUAGGUUAAACAAAAGAAAACAGCAUAAGCAAAGAGGAGCAGUGGUCACAAGUGGUCCCUGACCUUCACUCAACUGAAAUCUUCUAACAUCACAAACUACAGCAAAUCAACACCUCUGACUUAUGGAUGAAAACAUUGAAACCUUAACCAAAUUAAUAUUUGAAUGGAUAUUUACUCCAAUGGCACUACAGUGAUAUAGAAUGAAAUGGUGUUUGUUAUGUUGUCCACACUGUAUGUACAAUCUGUGUGUGCGUGAGGUUUGUUGUUUCUAUUUAAAUCGUUGUAAUAUACAUAAAAACUACAUAAAAGAUCGUUAUCAGAAGAAACUA